GMAUCGAAAACCCAUCAGAAUUGMAUCGGUACGAUUAGUCAAUCGCGAAAAACUAACCAUCGGCACGGUGAUCCGAUUUCUUGCCCGGUACCUUCUCUUCCAAUCGAUACUUUUCACGAACAUUCCAUUCGAGAAACAUACCAGCGAGACUARCAGACGAGAAGACUUCACAACACUACAUYAUGRCAGUAGUAUCRCCUUUGGUGCAUUCCUAUCUAAUGUCUUCUUUUUUUGUAGCGACGGCUCUGGUAUGGCUUGAUAUGGCGACAAAAUCAGUGACUUGUCUGGCCUACGUUACUCCACAAAAGAGGCUCGUCGCCCCCUUCCGUCAUCCUUCCGCUUUCGUCACAGGACRCCGAUUCGAAAGAUAUCGUUCCUCUUCGUCGUGCCUCCACCAAUCAGGGAAUGGCCACGCCGAAGAGCUUCCGAAUUUUGGCCUCAACGAGCUGGAAACCCUUUUGCGCGAAGCCGUCUCCAAGGAAGACUUUAUGGAGGCCGCAUCAUUCUCGGACGAACUCUUUCGGCGCCUUUAUAGCGACGAGGUUGCUCUUGGUGACAUGUCACCAGAAGAGAAAAGAGCCAAAAAAAGGCGCAUGUCAUGGAGAGGACAAGGAGCUUCGCCGUGGCUCGUCGAUCGAUUGGAUGCACUCAAUUACACUCUUCCCACUACUAUUCAAAUCAAUACAAUGGCGGCUGUUAACAAGAUACUCUCAGAAAAAAGUGGUGCYGACGAGACCGAUGACGACGACGAAGAUGACGACGACGAUAUGUCAAUGGAAGAAAAGUUAGAAGCCUCUGGAAAAGACAUGGGAAUUGUUAUUAGUGGCUCCACCGGUAGUGGGAAAACCUUGGCAUUCUUGGUGCCACUUCUCUCUACUCUGAGUGAUUCACUGUUUGCUCGACAAAGGAUCCGCGUGGGAGCCGAAGAGUCGGUCGGUGACGUUUCGGGUGACCUGGUCGAACGCAUUUCUAUUGUAACAUCUCCCGCAAUCAACAGUAAUGCCAGGCGGCAGCUGCGUCCUGGUGGAGCGAUUGCAAUUGGAGCUUCAAAUCCAAAUCCGAGCCUGGGAAAAUCGGGUGCCAACGUAGAUGUCAAGAGCCCUUUGGCACUCAUCGUGGUUCCGAYGCGAGAACUCGGACUCCAGAUAGCAAUGCUGCUUUACGAGUUGGUGGGCGGAUCCGUAAARAAGGACCCCACGGAAAUUAAAGGUAAGGCAAAUAUGUUUAAGUACAAGGGACCCAAGGGCAUUCGUGUAGGGUGUAUAUUGGAUGAUGAAGAAGCCAGCUUUGGAUUGAAACUCCAGACAGACGUAGCAAUUGUCAUGCCAAAAUAUGUUGGCAAAGUUAUGGCCGAUGGUGAUGUGAAACCGUCUUCCCUCAAGGUUGUGGUAUUCGAUGAAGCGGAUUUGGCCUUGGAAAUAAUGGCUCCUGAUGAUUUAAAAACAUUGUUCGAUACGAAAAGCCGUUCGUUGUCGGCGACGGGCGAAGGAGAAGACGAUGGAGAUUAUGUCCCAUACGAAGACCGCGACUUGACAAAACGUCUGACCUUCAUGGCUGGCGCAAGUGUCACGGAAUCCUUGGGAAACCUUGCCGUAAAGUCACGAAUAUUGCCCGAAGGCAAAAGUUACAUUGCUACCGCGUUUGAGAACCACCGCAUAGAAGGUGAAUCCCUCGACGAUGGAAGUGGCGAUGUCGAUGCAAAUUUAGCCGUCGGAGACCAACCGAAGAAAGCAUCACUUAAAGAUCUCAAUGUUUGUCUGAAUCCUGGCUUGACUCAUCACAGAGUUUUGGUUGAAGACAACGCAAGCGGACUUCUCGUCCUGACCCGUCUACUGCGCAAAGAAUUAGAAGAUUAUGAUAAAUUGAAACGAAUAAAGAAAGGACCAUCACCCCGCGUUGUGGUAUUCUUCCCAGACGAGCCUUCGGCGAAAGCUGCAAUUGCCCCCUUGAGGGACGCAUUAUGGGGAGAACACAGACUUUGCGUCCUAUUGCCCAAAACGGGUGUCAAUCCACUGACGAUGAUGGAGCAAUUUAGAGACAACGACACAACUGUUAUGCUGGCAACUCCAAACUCAGUCCGUGGUUUGGAUUUUCCUCAAGUAACGCACGUUUACACUCUCUACCUUCCCACAGAAGAUCCUCGUGAAUAUAUUCAUUUAGCUGGUCGCGUUGGGCGUGUCGGACAAACCGGUAGCAAACGUGGAACAGGAGGUCAAGUUUAUUCCAUAGUGAAGUCCGAGGAUGCUACUAAAAUGGAAUCUCUGGCUACUGAACUGGGUUUUGAGUUCAUUGAUGCCAAAGCGGUCGAAGUUGAUGUCCCUCGAUUAAAGACACCAUUGUCCGACGACGACGACGACGACGACGAUGAGGACGGGGAAGAAGAAGUGUUGAACGCUACGGAUCUUGAUAAAAUGCGUCGGCUUCUAGAAGAUACAGUUUCUUUGGUUACUGUCGAGGGCGAAGACGAGGAAUCAAUCGACGAUUCAUCCGCCUUAGAUACGAUAGAUACUGGUGACGACGCUGAUGACGAUGUAGAAGGCAGUAACAACGAUCUUGAAUUUCAGUAACAUCGCAUGGUUUUCUCGGAAAAUAUGAAGAAAUGUACUGAACUACCAUUAGCAACACAUGACAGCUAUAGAUUUAUGUUUUCAAAGAAGAACUGCAUUGUACUAAUGAAAUGUGAAUACCUGA